UUUAUCCUGCGUAGUCCCUCAGACUGCACUGGAUCUGGCUUCUUAAGGACAAAAGUGAGAGUUAAGGAAAUCAAUCUUGCUUCCAGACGGGAGUUACGGUACUACUGGAGAUUCUAGAGAACAUUUGAUAACAAAAGCAAACAUCCGCCCUUCCAAAUACAGUAAGAAGAGAGGGAGAGGAUAGUUCAGGCGUGAAACUGGUCAUGUGGCAAGUGUGAGCUCGCUCUGGAGAUUGUAUGGGUCCUGCAAUGGCAGUUUUGGCAGGUCUUAAGCCUGGCUCUGGACAAGGGGAUAGUGAAAGAAUGCUGUCCUGGCCAGUUUUCCUGUUGAUGCUGGCCGCUCUCAGCUCAUCUUUUCUUUCAGCUUUGUCUCUGUACCAGCUGGUAGCUCUCAGAGCUGAAAUAGAGCAACUUCAAUCAGAUGUCUCUUGUGGGAGAGAAGAGGGACAACCCAGCGCAGACAGAUUGCAGGUGGAGAUUCCAAACAACAUCAAAGAUGUUGCUCGCCAACCCGAGUGUCCACCUGCCUUUAUCCAAACACGACGAAGGAGAACGGUGUCUGGAGCAGAAGUGUUAAUUUCUCAGUCUUUCCUGCAGAUGCUGGCAAACGACAGCAGAAAAAACUACGUGAAAGAAAUUUUAUCAGAUACGUACACAGGCAUCCCUUGGCAGCCUGGGUUAAAGAGAGGCACUGCCCUGCAGGCCGAAGGUGACCGCAUUUUAGUCCGAGAGGAGGGCUUCUAUUAUGUGUACAGUCAGGUCUUCUACAGGGACAACACCUUUGCAAUGGGUCACGUGGUGUUCCGGUGGAAGACAAACGUUGUUGGAAACGAGCCUCAGUAUGUGUCCCUGUUCCGCUGCAUCCAAAACAUGAACCCUGUCCAAUCGUUCAACACCUGCUACACAGGAGGUAUUGUGAAGCUGGAGGCUGGGGACUACUUGGAGCUUCUGAUCCCCCGGGCCACAGCAGACGUGUCCCUGAGUGGAGAUUCCACCUUUCUGGGUGCUCUCAAACUGGCUUAAAGUGUGCCACCUCACAUCGGACCCAAGGGGAGACGUUAAAGCCAUAAGGUGCCAGAGAUGGGGGAAUGGCAGCAACAUACUACAUUUCUUGGUGACCUUGACUGACUUGGUGUUGUGACAAAAACACAGGAAGCAGCCAUUUCACCACUGGCUGAAUGAUGUACUGUGCAACUUCUAGCUUGUUAAGCCUGAGCAGACACAAGAGAGACAGAGGGUUAAGGGUUAAGGUCUGUCCUUUUUAUUAUGUUCAUGCAUUAUAUUCAUUUGUGCCAUACAUAUAUACAUUGUAAGAAACUGUUAGAAUCAAGUAAGCUUUCUUCAAAUAGUCGCACACAUGGCAAGGACCAAAUAUUAAUCACAUAAUCUUUCAUUCAGCAGCAGCCACAUUACUGCAUAACUCAGAUGGUUCUUUUUAUAUGCUUUAUUAGUCCAGAUGUCAAGACAUAAGCCAGCAUGACUCACUUGAUAUGAAUAUUCAGAUGCAAUAAAGUGACAAUUCUUGCACAAGACAUUCUGGGUGGAGGCUGAUGUUCCAUCAAUAACCACAAGAAGGAAAGAGUUGUGUGUGUGUGUGUGUGUGUGUGUGUGUGUGUGUGUGUGUGUGUGUGUGUGUGUGUGUGUGUGUGUGUGUGUGUGUGUGUCAGAACAAAAGUAAAGAGAGAAAUAAGGUUGAUCAGGAGCAGCAGUACCCUAUUUUUAGCCUGAGGCAAAACUCUAGGCAGAUGAUGUCUUCAUUUUCAAAGGAACUGAUCAAUGACUUUGCCAUGCAUGAAUGCAUGAAAGUCCAGGAGAAAAUAGUGACACUUUUUCAGUGUAUUUUUCAGUCUAGAUUUUGUAUAAGCUAGAGAUGGAGUAAACGUUAUACCCGAGAGUGUGUUCUUAUAUAUUCUGGACAAUAUUAAUACAUUUGCAGCAUACAGUUUUAAUUACAGUACAUUAUGUGAAUUUUUUAUGCCAUAAAUCACGCAGUAUUAUCAGUACUUUACAUACUGUAUAGGAUCAGAGGGAUUGUUUAGUUUUAAUCUUUACUGACUGUCAGUGGUUUUGUGUUAUAAUUGUCAUAUCACAGGUAAAAAAUAAAC